AUGAAAAAAGAAGCUCAAACAUCAUCGGUACCCAUUGAUAAAAUUGCAGAAGUUGGUUAUUCAAAUAUGAUUGUUCAAGAACAAAUGACUGAUUCGAUUCCCAAACUACCGAAUAUAAAGACAUUGAAGAAUACACUUAGUAAACAACGACGUAAAGUACGACCACCUUUACCUAAACGUCUGGAGCAUUUGCCACACACGAUUCCGAUUCAGUAUACUAUGACAAAACGAGGCGAUACUUUUCUUUUCUAUGACGGUCAAUUAGGAACUAAACGAGGUUUAGUUUUUGCAUCUGAAAAUGAUCUUUCAUAUCUAAUCAAACAAAAGCAUUGGUAUUGUGAUGGAACAUUCUAUACUUCGCCAUCGAUAUUCUAUCAAAUUUACAGUAUUCAUGCGUAUGAUGAAGGUUUGUCAAGUCCAUGUGUCUUUGCUCUACUUGCUGACAAACUUGAAACAACAUAUCAAGCAUUUUUCAUCAUGCUAUUUAAUACGAUGAACAAAUUUCGUAGCCAAAUUCAACUAGAAACAGUUACAAUAGAUUUUGAAUUAGCCGUGAAGAAUACGUUUGCGAAGAAUUUCCCGACGGUUCAGGUUAAAGACUGUCUGUUUUGUUAUGGGCAAGCACUUUUUCGAAAGUUUACAAAUUUGGAUUUUGCAGCAAUUGCUUUGCUUCCAGAAAAUGAAUUCGACGAUGCUGUGCAAGCAUUAUCAUCAAACAUCCCUGAUACCUAUGAAAAUGAAAUCCAUUCGCUUUUACAAUAUCAUGAAUCGACAUACGGUAAAAAUUCCAAUUUUCCACCGCCAAUGUAUAAUCACUAUAGAAACUUCAAUCCGAGAACAAUCAAUCAUCUUGAAGGGCAACACCAUAGAUGGAAGAAAAGAUCAUUAAGACCGCAUGACGAUAUUUACAGAUGUAUUGAUAUGAUAAAAAAUGAGCAAAUAAUCGCCAAUGAUCAACGUGAAAGGUGUGAUGCAAGUGAAGCUUCACCGAAACGAAAAAGAAAUAAUCGUAUUGCUGAAGAAGCAUUAGUUCGCUUAUGGGAACGAUACGACAUGUACGUAAAACACUGA